GAGCCGGAAGUGGGGAAAGCGGAAGCGAGCUGCCGUAGCCGGAAGGGGAAGCGUUCUCAGGCUGUGUUGUUGAUGUCUCUUGGCGGCGGCUCCCGCUUAGGUUGUUGAGGGGACGGUUCGUGGCAGGAUGGUGUGCGAAAAGUGUGAAAAGAAACUCGGCACAGUUAUCACUCCAGAUACGUGGAAAGAUGGUGCACGGAACACCACAGAAAGUGGUGGAAGGAAGCUGAAUGAAAACAAAGCUUUGACUUCGAAAAAAGCAAGGUUUGAUCCAUAUGGAAAGAAUAAGUUCUCCACUUGCAGAAUUUGUAAAAGUUCUGUACACCAGCCUGGUUCUCAUUACUGUCAAGGCUGUGCAUACAAAAAAGGCAUCUGUGCCAUGUGUGGCAAAAAGGUUCUGGACACCAAAAACUACAAACAGACGUCUGUCUAGAUGUUCUGGUGAACCCUCUGACCUUCUGUAGUUGUCCUUUCUACCUUGACUUUUCAAGGUAUAACAUGGAUGUUCCAUCUUACAAAAUAACCUGUUUCAAGAUGAGUGCCAGUAUAAAGCAGUGAAGUUGAUCAAUAUCCAUGCACUUGAUAUCAUGAAGCUCUGAACAGCAACGCUAUAACCAGACUUCUGCCUUAAGAGGUUAUUUUCCUUGUGAGCAUUUUACUGAACUAGAAUAAGUGACAAAAUUAAUGGAAAAGGUAUUCCUGAGUUCUAUAUGCACUUUCUAUUUAACAUUCUUAUAAUCCUAUUUGAUCCAUGUAUUUUAUUUAUAGAUAUUGCAAUGUGAAAUUACUGAUACUUUGCUCUGAAUUUGACAUCCAAACAUAGAAUUCCUUCCUUACAAAUGUCACAGUUCUUAGGAUCAGUAGUCCCUUGGUUAAAUGCAUUUUCAUUAGCUUUAAAUAUUCGAGACCAUUAUUGCUGAAUGGUCCCUUAGUAACCUGUCCUGCCACAAGUCAAACUUAAGUUGUGUUUUUUUUUUUUUAUUGUAAAUUUGUUGUUGAAGCUAAAGUGCCAGUCCCUUUUACCUGUGAACUAGAGCCCAUGGAGUGCCCAUCUGUCCAGAUGAGUGCACUGGGUUUCAGAGAAUUCAAGUGUCCUGAAAGCAGUGUGGAGGAACAGUGUCUGUCCACACAUAGUGAGGGUGACGGUCUCUGCUCGGGAGUGUCCUUUGAAGCUGGAAACAAACUUUUUCUAACCCUCUCCACCACCGCACCACCCCACACCACACCCAAGAAAUCAAUAAAACAAACAUUUGGCUC